GCGAAGCCAAUAUAGCCUAUCAACACACCAUAGCCGCAACCGGCACCCAGAAGGGCCUUGGCGGCUCAAUACGGCAGAGCUCCACGAGGCACCAGGGCAAGGUACAGCCUCACACCCCAACGACAACCACCUACCCACAAGAAACAAGCUCAGGGCAGAGCGUCC